CCGGCAGCGGCUGCUGCGCCUUUACGCACGGCUCCUCCUGGCCGGAAAGAGGCAGCGCUGAGCUCAGCCGCAAGGAAGGGAAGACGGCGGGCGGCAGGCAGGAGCCGAUCCAUCCUCCGGGAGUCCAGCAGUGCCUGUCUCUACAAUGUGUGAGAUGGGGCUGGCCUCCCCGGAGCUGUCCAGUCUCUCACCAUACUGUGGGGAGACCCCCGACGCGUACUGCCACGAUGACCGCUGGCAGAGGCUGCGCACAGCUGUCAGGAAGCUGGAAUUCUGGGAAAACUUUGAUGUUGAAUUGAUAGGCAGUGGGUUUUUUUCGAAAGUGUACAAGGUCACCCAGAGUGCCAGUGGCAAAGUGAUGGUGGUGAAGAUCUACAAGAAUGACGUGGACCAGGAGGUGAUUGUGCGCGAGAUCAGCUUGCUACAGAAGCUCUCCCAUCCCAACAUUGUCAGGUAUCUUGGCAUCUGUGUGAAGGAUGAUAAGUUGUACCCUAUUCUGGAGUAUGUGAAUGGAGGAGUCCUGGAAGAGCUUUUGGCUUGCAAGGAUAUCUCUCUCAGCUGGAAGGAGAAAGUGGACCUGGCUUCAGACAUCACCAGAGGGAUGGUUUACUUGCACUCCAAGAAUAUUUACCACAGAGACCUCAACUCCAAGAACUGCCUCAUUCGGGUGACCCAACGGGGUCGGGAGGCCCUGGUGGCAGAUUUUGGCCUAGCCAAAGAAGUGGUGGAGCUUUCUGCAAAGGCCCCUGAGAGGAAACUUUCUCUUGUGGGUUCAGCUUUCUGGAUGGCCCCUGAGAUGUUGCGUGGGGAGCCUUAUGACAGGAAGGUGGAUGUUUUCUCCUUUGGUAUUGUCCUGUGCGAGAUACUGGGCAGGAUCCCUGCGGAUCCAGAAGUGCUGCCUCGAACCCAGGAUUAUGGGCUGGAUGUAGCUGCCUUCCAGGAAAUGAUUGGUGGAUGCCCAAAACACGUUUUGGAGUUGGCUGCCAGCUGCUGUAAACUGGAAGCAUUCAAACGGCCUUCGUUUACCGAGCUCCUAGAGCAACUGGAAGAUGCUGCAGAGAGGCUGGAAUCUGUGACGGACCAUCAGUCCCCAGGGUGAAGCUUCUCCGUGGAACCCGGACUGUAAAUUACAUGUAAAUCUGGAAAAACAAGGGGGUGUGAUAAUGGGGGGAAAGCUUUUAAGGGUGCCUUGCCCUGCUCCCCCUCUCGGGCAGACCUAUGGCUUGUACAGCAGAAGAGGAACCAUCUGCACCCCACCUCUGUGCCCGCAGCCUGGCCAGCCCACCUUAAUGUGAUAUGUUUCAGAUGGCCCAAAGGUCAUCCAGUCAUGGUCCCCCACAGAUCAAGCCUAGACCACAAGGAGAGAAUGAGCGAACCCUGGACAACCAUUUCUUCACCCUGGGUAUAAUUAAUGGUUGACAUUCCAUGCCAUCGUGGGGAAGAGGUGCCACAACUUUAGGUGUCUUUGUUAAAAGAAUUAGGCCACUCCAUGGGAGAGCUCUGUCACUGGCUGUUGGCCUCCCUGUUCAGAUGCACUGAACCUCUGAAGACAAACAGCAGGAAAGCGAUGCCACCAUCAUGCCCUGCUUAUGAGAUUCCUAAAGGCUUCUGACUGAGGAUUGUUGGAAUCAUAGUGCUGAGCUACAAGAGCAUUUUGAUCUGACCUAGCAGGGCGAUUCCUAUAUCCAGCCCUGAGAUCACCCAGACCCUAUGCAGUUCUUUGUUGCUUCUAUAGCUGAAUCUAGACCUUAUGGGAGAUGGUGACUGCCACCCAAAGCAGCAGCCCUGAGUCUCCCAUUCCCCCUGGAAAUGACGAGUAACAGCAAAUACAUAACAUAACAUCAGGCUGCAACUUACUCCAUUUCCCAGUUCUCUGCUUGGCAGAGUUAGGAACCGUGUAGUAUGGUGAGAUCACACUGCAGGUUAUUAUUACUGGGUGUUCCCAGAGGGGAAGCACAUUGCUGCCGGGGGUUUUUUGGUAGCCAUGUAUCUCUUAUGAACUUAAUUGCUCCAUAAGCCAUCCCCAGCAUUUGAAUGUGCAUCCCUUCAGUUCUUUAAGAGAACUGUGUAGGGUAGUGGCCCCAAAUAUAGAAUUCCUGGGCACCGUGGCAUCCACUCUGCUGGAGCAGGAGGUGCUUCAGAAAAACCUGGGAGGCAUCGCCUUGUGACUGCAGAGAGCUCCCAUUCAGAAACAGCAGGCUCCAUCACAGAAGCAUGCCUGGCUUGGAACCUCCCAACACUGGGCGACUGGUUGCAGUGCCCCAUGACAGUGGUUCUAGAAUUCCCUCCAUGGCAACCAUACUGUAGUGGCACUUAGUCCCCCCUCAAAAUUCCAAACAUGCCCUCAGGCUCAAGAAGAUCGGGGACCCUGUCGCAAGGCAGACCUCUCCCGCUUCCUGGUGCACGCGUUAGUGCUGACCCCACUAUAUGGAUAUCUCUCCAGACAGCUGCUGAAGUUCAUGCAAGUCUCAAAAGUGGCCUUCAGAGAGAAGAGGAGGGUGAACAGUCAAGGGGUGAAGUUGUACAUCCAGUUUGGGCCUCAGGCAUUACAUUUUCCAGCUUAACAAUAUAAAGAGGGGUGGGGUGUUUCGGGAUUAUUUUUAGGGGUGUGCUUGUGAAACGGUUGACUUCCAUUAUCUUUCAAGAUCCGUCUGCAGAGUAGCACCCCUACUUGCAGCAGUUGCCGUGACCUGCAGUGGUUUCCACCCCCAGCACUUGAACCUUCUCUGGUCUCCCUCUGUAUAAAUCAAUAAAUGGUCAGUUAACUUUU